CACUAUUAAUUGUACCGAAUGGACAUGUUCAAUAAUUCAAUAUUAUACUGCAAAUUCUUUUUCAAAAAAUUUCAAUCAUUUGGUAUAUAAAGUAUUAAUUCGCUAAAUCAAAGUUUACCCAUCAAAAAUAUAGGAGAUAAUAAACAAAAGAUAGAGAGAGAUGGAAGUAGUGCAAGUGCUUCACAUGAAUAGUGGAAAUGGAGAAACCAGUUAUGCUCAAAACUCAGUGCUUCAGCAAAGAGUGAUAUUAAGGUCAAAGCCAACAAUAAAGGAAGCCAUAACCAAUCUCUAUAACAACAGCUUUCCGAAAAGAUUAGCCAUUGCGGACUUUGGUUGUUCUUCAGGGCCGAACACUCUAUUUGCUGUAUCUGAAAUCAUAGAUGUAGUCGAGAAGAUCUGCGAAAAUGUGGAGCAUGAACCACCAGAAUAUAAUGUGUUCUUGAAUGAUCUACCAAGCAAUGACUUCAACACCGUUUUCAAGUCGUUGCUGCCGGAUUUUCGGAGGCGAAUGAAAGAACAUACUAGAGGGUUGUGCUUCAUUUCUGGAACCCCCGGUUCGUUCUACGGCAGACUUUUUCCGAGCAACACUCUUCACUUUGCUUAUUCUUCUUAUAGCCUCCACUGGCUAUCUCAGAUUCCAAGAGGGUUGGAGAGUAAUAAAGGAAACAUUUAUAUGUCUAGCACAAGUCCACCAUGCGUGCUUAAGGCAUAUUACGUCCAAUUUCAAAUGGAUUUUUCUAUGUUCUUGAAAUGUCGCUCUAAGGAGAUGAUAGCAGGAGGGCGCAUGGUGUUAACAUUUCAAGGUAGGAGAAGCAAAGAUCCUUGUAGCAAGGAGGGUUGUUAUAUGUGGGAUCUUUUGGCUAUAGCUCUCAAUCAAUUCGUAAGAGAGGGAAUGAUCGAUGAAGAAAAAUUCCACUCCUUCAACAUUCCUUACUAUACACCAUCUCCAUGUGAAGUGAAAAAUGAAAUAGAAAAAGAAGAAUCUUUUCAUGUUGAUACACUAGAGCUUUACGAACAAGAUUGGAAUGAAAGUGGCGGCCAAUUUGAUCCCAAUAGUACUAUUGAAGAUGAAGGGUCUAUUUUUGGCAAGUGUGCGAGAGCUAUAAUUGAACCUUAUAUUAGGAGCCACUUUGAUUUUCAAAAAGCUAUGAUUGAUAAGAUUUUUGCUAGGUACUCCACAAUCCUUAAGGAUUGCAUGGCAAAAGAGAGGACAUGGUUUGUUAAUAUAAUAGUGUCCAUGACUAAGAAAGGUGCUUUCAUGUGAGUGAUUAAGGGUCGGAAUUCAAUCUAGCGCUGGACCGUUCCAACUUAAUAUUAGCUAAGUAUUUUGAUGAUAUAAUAAAACAAAAGUUACUUAC